GUUGUGGAAAGGUCGGCUUUGACCCUGACGCCUGAAGUCGGUGGCAGUUCUCGGGGCGGAAGACUCUUACUUUGAAGACGGGGACUGAGGCUCAGAGAGGUGACGUGCUGUCCCUAAGGCGGUCUGGCUAAUUAUUAACAGGUCUGGGGGCAGAGCCCAGACCUCCUGCCCGGGACUCAGAGCAAUGUCACACCGCCCGCCUGCAGGCCUGACGACCACAUUAGGACGGUCCCAUCUCCCCGUCAGUCAGCACUGCGCGCAUCCUCACACACAGAAGGUAGAAAUGCACCUGCCGCCAUUCACGCGAUGCUGUGCGUUUUGGGGGAAAGAUGUUUCUCACUGUGUACCUCAGUGACAACGAGCAGCACUUCACCGAGGUCCCCGUGACCCCCGAGACGAUGUGCAGAGACGUGGUGGAUCUGUGCAAAGAGCCCGGCGAGAGCGAGUGCCAUCUGGCCGAAGUGUGGUGUGGCUCUGAACGUCCGGUUGCUGAUAAUGAGCGGAUGUUUGAUGUUCUGCAGAGGUUUGGCAGUCAGAGGAGUGAAGUUCGUUUCUUCCUUCGUCAUGAACGGCCCCCCGGCAGGGACACAGUGAGUGGACCACGGUCUCAGGAUCCAAGUUUAAAAAGAAAUGGUGUGAAAGUACCUGGUGAGCACCGAAGGAAGGAGAACGGGGUUCACAGCCCCAGGAUGGAUCUGACUCUUGCCGAGCUUCAGGAAAUGGCCUCUCGCCAGCAGCAGCAGAUUGAGGCCCAGCAACAAAUGCUGGCAACGAAGGUGAGGUCCUGUAAGGACGGGACAGGCCCCUCUGUGGGUGCGUGUGUAGAGCUGUCUCCAUGCCACCCCGUUAAGCCGGUGACCUCAAGAUACAGGUUGAUCCUGUCACCCCACAGGUUACCUGCUUUGUGGCGCUUUCUUCUCUUUACCACAGCAUUUUGUAGAAAUCCUUACAUCAUCCCAGUUGCUCAGGAUCUCCUGACCCCUGGUUCUGAUCACAGUUGACCACGUUAUGUCGUGCUUGGGAAAACAGGAAAGGCCUAAAGAACCCUCCGACUUUGCUAGAGGGAACUGCUCUGGGCUAGCCUCAUCCUGAAUUCCUACUUGUGACGUCGACCAGUGUUAACACUGUCCCCUUCUGUCAUGUGGCACUGAUAACAGGCUGCUUGCCUUUAUUUGGGACAUCCUGCCCCCACAGACUAAUCCUCGUCUCGGCCUCUCCGUUACCGUCCACACCAGUCUCCCUGUUGUUUCUCCCACCAGCCGUAGGCCGUGGUCUGACCCAGAUGUCCCCACACUUCCUCCGUAAAGGCUGGUGGUCAGUACUGUGGGCUUUGCAGGCUUCUUAGCGUCGUGGUCGUGGCACAAAAGCCGCCACAGACGUAAGCUCAUGGGUGGCUGUGUGAUGUAUGAACACGGGUGGCGGGCUGGCUUUCACCCGCCACCCCGGGCUGAACACCCGUGUCUGCAGUGGACCACGCCCAGGGUGACUGUAAGUUCACCGGAGCCGGGGUGGACUGUGGUGCAGGGUCCCCGGCAGCACGCCCCGUGGCCUCCAUGUAACACUCGCCGGUUCCCGUGGGUCCGUUUCUGUCUCUGAUGCCAGGCACCGGCACUUUCAAAAUCAGGUGGAGUAGCACUGCUUCUCAAACUGGAAUGUGCAUGCGAAUGAAUCCCCUCGGGGUUGUGUUAAAAAUGCAUAUUCUGGCUCAGUAGGGCUGGGGUCUGAGAUUGUGCAUUUCUUUCUUUCUUUUUUUU